CAAUUAAACUGUUCCUCGACUUGAAAAGGGUAAUAAAAUUGUCAGAUACAGAAAGAAAUUAAUGAGCAAUUUCAGCAUCCUCUCUCUGCUUACAUUCUUCUUCAUUGACUGCAACCUGUCAGUCAGGUGUCUUGCUUCUUUAUAGUUAUUAAAGCCCUCCCUCCCUCCCUCCCUCUUCCUCCCUCUCCGAAAUACAAAUAAACGGAAGAGAAAGAUGCUUGUUACAACAAUGCAGACAAGAACAGUAGAAGUGAGGAAUGUAUCAGAUCUAGCAAGUGAGAGAGAGGUUCACGAGUUCUUCUCCUUCUCUGGCGAAAUCGAACACAUUCACAUCCAGCGUGAAAAUGGGCAAUCAAAAACUGCGUUUGUUACAUUCAAAGAUCCUAAAGCACUUGAAAUUGCGUUGUUGUUAUCGGGAGCAACUUUAGUAGACCGGAUAGUGACUAUAACCCCUGCUGAAAAUUAUGUACUGAAUCGUGAGCUACAGGAAGUAAGGAACGUGGAAAAUGCUGUCUCUGUAGUUCCUUCGGAAAACUUCCCCUCAAAUGUUGAGCAGGGGAAAACUAGCCCUUCAGGCAGUGGAAGAGUCUAUGUCAGCAGAGCACAAGAAGUAGUCACUAGUGUGCUAGCAAAAGGUUCGGCUAUUAGCCAAGAUGCAAUGAAUAAGGCCAAGGCAUUUGAUGAGAAACAUCGAUUGAGUGCAAGUGCAUCUGAGAAGGUAACUUCUUUUGAUCGGAGAGUUGGGCUAACGGAGAAAUUGACGAUUGGAAUUUCAGUGGUUAAUGAGAAAGUGAAGUCUGUUGACCAAAGGCUUCACGUGUCGGAUAAAACAAUGGCAGCUAUAUUUGCAGCAGAAAGGAAGCUAAAUGACACAGGAUCAGCUGUAAAAUCGAGCAGGAAUCUCCAAUUGCUGUAUGAGCCAGAAAUUCAGUGUCAGCUGAAAUUGCUUCAUCAAACGUAUUGUUGCAUGCAUUUAACUUCUAUGUUGCUCCAAUCACCAAAAUUGGAGAAAAGGAUAUAUAGAAUUUGGAGUUUCUGGUUCGGUAUGAAGGAUGAGAGCAAUUUGUGCAGUGUCCCCAUAAAUGCAUUCGUCUAUGGUUUGGUUCAUGCGUGUCAAUUCAAUUCAAUACUUAUAUAUCUUUCAAUAUUCUUUGGUUCCAAGGGUAUUCUAUGCCUAUGGCUUCCUUGUAAUUUUGCAGUUUGCAACAUUGUUUGUUUCCAAGUCACAACGAUAAUUCACCAAGAGAGAAUGCUUUCUCUUCCUGUUACCAGUUAUGGCUUUGUUAUCUUCAUUGUCUUUCACCAAAUCUAUUUAUUUGAACUAUCCUAGAGUUGUUUUUAAAUGGAAGUCUGUUGUAGGAUAAAUUUGAUAGGCAAGCUGAGAUUUUUUUU